CACUUGGAGAGUGCGGACGUAACAAGAAUGUUAGUGCUUUGACGCGAGCCGUGUAUAACAAUAAAACGUCGUUUCCAAAUCAGCUAGUGUCCGACGGUGAAGAAACAAAAAAAGAAAAAGUGUUUGUUUGCAAAAAAUAUUUUAUAAACUUGUUGCUAAUACAAAUUACAGCUAAAAAUGUGCCACUUGUAAUUGAGAUUAAUGCGAUAAAACAAAAAAAUGUUUUAAAUAUAUUAAAAAAAUUCGGUGAAAAUAUUUCUUAACAGAGAUAUGGCCAGCAAAUAAAGAUGCCCGCAGAAAAAAUGUAUAAUUAAUACGAUAAUACAAAAAAAGUUGUUUUUUUCGUUGGUACCAUAAAAAGCAGAUGAAAUAGAGAAUGAGAGAUGACUUUUUAUAAUGUCAAGCGAGACAAAAGAAAAAGAGAGAAACAGGCUUAUGUAUUUGAUUUAUUCAUAUGUGCAGAAUCGAUGUCGCUUCGAUGAAUAUAACAAAACUUAAUGGUGAAUGUGCCAAUAGACAUAUUUUCUUGUCAAAAACAAAAAUCCAAUGUAUGGGACUAGAGAGUCUAGAAAAAAACCCCAAUAGAAUAGAUCAAGUCGAUGAUUAUCCAAGGAAUACAUUACCUCAGUAACGACGUACAGAACACAUCAACGCCAAAAUAUUGAAAAACAAAAAUUGUAGUUGCCAUAUUGUACUUAAGACGAUCUUCCUCUCAGAUAUGCAGAAAGUAAUGAAUGGUUUGAAUUUGCUAAUGAGGACAAUUAUUAUUGUACUGGUACUAUUACAAUGGAGCUCAACGCAUUCAGUUUAUGCGGAAUCGGUGUCAUACAAUGCAACUGGAUCCCCUGGCGAAAUGACUCCUAGCAGAUUAGAUAUUUUAGUUGGAACAAAUGCUGCAUUAACAUGCACUGUGACGCAAGGAAAUGGAACCAACAUUUGGUUUAAUAAAAUAAAUACAAAUACAAGAAGAGGAAGGAAAAUUGUACAACCCACCGAUGAGAUUCAGGUUGUAGGCCCACAUUCGGCAAUUUUGAAAAUAGAAAAUGCAGAGGAACAGAAAAGUGAUUAUGAAUGCAUGUUUGACAAAUAUGCCAUUGGAUUAUCCUCAUUAUAUGUUGGGACGCCGCCACAAAAUGUCACCGAUUUUGAUUGCAUGGUGUACGAUUAUGCAAAUAUGAGAUGUGGGUUUACAGUGCCAGAAAAUAAUAUCCAAGUUACAUAUGACCUGGACUACAGAUUGAGCGACAAAAGUAAUUUCAAGACUGCCUGUCAACUUGAGAACAGUGUUCAAAAGCUGCAAUGUAAUAUAACCGACUAUCUGCCAGGCAGAGACAAAUACAUAUUCCGAUUGACGGCGAACAAUGCUCUGGGCAAGAAUGUGCAAGAAUUUAUCAUAAACAACCACAAAAUAGUUAAAUUGCAGCCGCUUGAUAUUCGUGUUGAGAACACAACCAGCGAUGGGGUGAUGCUUAAAUGGGAUAUUGAUAAGAUCAGUUACUACAGAGCCGGUCUGGUAUAUGAAUUGAAAAUUCGCGAUAAUUAUACGGAUUGGCGAACACUGGCCACAGAUGACAUUCACCCCCAAGGGGGCAUAUUUAGUGAAACCGUUAAAGACUUGUAUCCGUUCUGGAACUAUACGAUACAAGUUCGGGGGAAAUCGAGGCGUGUAGACAAGGACGAGGACCGCUUUUGGAGCGAUCCAACCCUAGUAUCGUUCAGCACCAAAAGCAGGCCGCCACACACUGCUCCCGAUGCACCUGUGGGCAGUUUUUACAGCACCGAAACCCAACUCAGUCUAUAUUGGAGCCCUUUGCCAGAGCAUAAACAUUGCGGUCCCGGGUUUCAUUAUGUGGUCAAUGAAUUCGACUCUUAUGGUGUUGUAAUCAAUAGUUCCACUGUGAAUACAACGACACUAACUUUAGAUUCCAGGAAUGAGAGCUUACGGAUUUUUAGCAUAAAGUCAGCCAAUGAUUAUGGUCAUUCGCCCGAGGGCAGUGUGAUUCGUGUCUACGGAGGACAGUGCCAGUUUUGUAGUCAAUAUGAGCUCGAUGAGAAUAAUAUUGUAAAAGGUUACCACAAUGACAGCUACACCUUGUCUUGGUCGCCUCCAAACAAUGACAGCGAGUUGCAGAACUAUACAGUGUUUUGGUGUACUCCACAAAUAGAAUCGGUGAACCAAUGCAAGGGACCCAUUUCCUACAAAUAUGUCGAUAAAUAUACGACAAACUAUACCACCGAACCCGAAGAUCGCAGCUUAAACAUGGCCAUAUCGGCCAAUUAUCCACACUACAACAGGGGAAUGCAAUGGGCUCGUUGUUCGCGAGAAGUCUCCAAUAUGCGAAUGGAAAUAGAAGCGACUGUCCUUAAUGAGAGCUCGGUGCUAGUAAAAUGGAGUUCCGGAAGUGUUUGUCCCUCCAUACUGAAGGGCUACAAGCUAACCUAUUGUCAGCAAACAGACAGUGUAACCUGCAAAACUGUGUCAUUUUUGGGACAUUCUCGGAACUAUACAAUCCCUCAUCUACGCCCCUACAAAGAGGUUUGUGUCAGCAUGUAUAUGUUCUCAUCUUCCAAAAAUGGCAGCGUCAGCGAGAGUAUUUGUGUGCGAACCGAGGAAGGUGCCCCUUCACCACCCAUGCAUGUUGUGGUCAAGCCAAAAAGUGUAACUAGCAAAUCGGCGAAAAUCGAAUGGGAACCGCCAAAGGAACAUAAUGGAAUUGUUAGGAGUUACACAGUUUAUUGGUAUAAAUUUAACAAUUUAUCUACAAUGGAAAAAGCCACAAACAUCACUCAAACCUCGUACAAUCUAACAGAGCUCAACAGUUCGACCAACUAUACAGUUUAUGUAACAGCUCACACCGUUAAAGGAUCCGAACCGAGUGAACAUCUGCAUAUAUCAACACUCAUUGGAACUCCUUCCUUUCCUCGUAACGUUAGAAUUCUAAAUGACUCGAUAAUAUCAUGGGAUAAACCGGACUUCCCCUCCGCAUACUAUUUGGUGGCUUUGGUGGCUCGAUACAGCUCAAAUAAAACCACUUACGAACGAGUUUCGGUGGUAAACGGACAGAGUUGCAAAUUCCAACUAGACUGUACGUAUACAUCUCAGGAAGUUUCAUUUUCUAUUAGAGUUCGUGCCAUAAACUUUGGGGGACAGCAGGAAAUCGAUAAAGAUAUAAAAUCAAUGCACCCAAGUGAGAUACGACUUGGGGCCGAAAUUGAUCAAAGUUUUUGUGAGCCAGUCAAAGAGGCCGAAGUUGAAGUGAAUGCAUAUGACAUUUUAGAUGGAUCAAAUCAAAAAUCGUACUUUGCAUCCGAUUGGAUCGAUCCACAAUUUACUUCCAAAUGCGCUCCGAAUAAUACGGCGAUAUUUGUAAUCUCCUUUGUGAUUGUAUUGGCAUUUGUCGCCUACAUCUUCUACAGGGUACGCAAUAAGUACUAUAAAAUGAAAAAUAUUAAGGUCAUACUGCCGGAUGGCCUAAUAGAUCACGUCCCCAAUUAUGAAUUCUCCGGCAAAGGAUCAAGGAAAUCAUCGAACAGUGACCUUUUGAUGAAUUUUCAUAGAAACGAUUUGAAAUCCAAAACAAUGGAGCAGCAUUCAAAUGCCUUCUCAUCGCUUUCAUCCACCAGCAGUUCAAAAGACCAUCAAAUAGAUGAUCAUCAAAUUGGAGAGCAUCCAUCCCUAGAGACCACCAACGAAGAGCUGAGUUCAAACUCAAGCUUAAGUUCACAUUCCAUUUUAACCUAUCAGAAUCUUCAUAAUAUUCAACAAUCUCCCAAUCGAAGUGGCACACCUGUGGAGGAUGAUGAGACAAACGAAAUGGACAACCACGCAAAAGGUUACACUACAACACAAAAUAUUGGGGGCAAUGGCUAUGUAACACACAAUUCACAGUUUUUGGCCUCCUUACUGAAUGCUUCCGAAAGGAAUGUACCAUCAUUUCCCGCAAUGACAAAUGACGGAUACAUACAACCAAGUGCUGCAAAACAAUUGUUUCAGCCUCAAAUACAACACCCACCAAUUGCAGCAUCACAAAACGGAUACACCACUUUAGAAGCCCUAGGCAAAAUGACAGCGAUGCCAGAUGAAGCGACACAAAACACCGCUGCAUCACCAAUAACAUCGCCCCAAUCUACAAAUGCACAUCAAUUUACUGCAAAUAGCUUAGCAACUAUAAAUACAUCACCAGUCAUCACAGAUCUAGACGAAAUUGAACAUCACAACAAAGAAGUGACAGCGCCACAGCCAGGUACGGCCGGCAGUACGGCAAUUAGCCACCAGCCCAAUACCACUAAUAAUAAUAGCAUCUAUGGAUAUGUGACGCAGCAACAACUGGCCAACUUUGGCAAUAACGUGGCCCUAGCCAUGGAAUUGAACACUUAGGUAUGGAACAGACCUAGCAUCAUAGUGUCUUAUGACGGUACUGAAAUCGCUUAUCUAGGUUCGUUCAGAUAUCCACACAUGCAGCUCGAGAGGUUUCAUUGUCCAAGAUAUCCAAGUGCCAAUUCCUCGUUACAAGUGGACACAUUUCAUGAAUUUUUGCUAUUUCAUUUUAAGCUAUUGUCAACGGCAAGGAAUUUGCAAAAGGAAAUUAGUGGCCAUAUUCAAUGUCCAAUAUUUGGUUGGUAGCAAGUUGCGUAAAUUUUUUUUUAUUAUUUUUUCUGAGUGUAGAUUUCAAGAAAAAUCCACAAACUGUCUUUUUUUUUUGCACCAAAUGCAGGUUAGCUAAUCUCCUUUGAUACUCACAAUCUCAUUGCCAUUAAUGUUUACUGCUGUUACCAUUUGUCAAAGGGGCCAAUUGAAUUGUGCCCACUUGAGUAGUGUAUAUGUUCCUUAUCCCAUUAUUUUUUUGGUUUUUUGUUAUUUUUUUUUUUUUUCAUUUCCAUUUUCCUGCACUAGAAGACAAGAUUCCAUUAAACAAUUGAUUUGAGAGAGCCAAAUACACAAGGCAACCUAAUGAGUACUGCAAAAUUGAUCAUAUCAUAGAUAUGACAAUGAAUCUCCAUUUAAUACUUAUAUAUUUAUUUAUUAAAAUAAACAAACAAACAACCAACAAAGAAAACGAAUAUUUGUUAAAAAAAAAAAACAUUUUAUCUAUGCAUAUACAUGUGUAAAUAGACCUUAAUAGUUUAUAAGAACUUAAAUUUGUUGUCAUACAUUUUUUUCUAUACAUUAGUAAUAAGGAGUUAUAGAGAGAAAAACAGAAAAAAAGAGAAAGAGACGCUUGUACUCCGAAACAAAAUUUAUUAAAUGUUAUAAUAUUUUUUGGAAAUGUUAAUUAUAUACAAAUCACCCACCCCUCAAACACACACACACACACCCACACACACAAUUUGUGCAAAUGUAAGAAAUCUUUUGUAAAGAAAAAAUAAACCAAAACCAAUUAUACAUUAAAUCAAUAAAUUUAUUGAAAACAAACAA